AUGGUUCGGACAAUAAAGUGGUUGGAUAAUUUAGUUUUGGUAAAUUAUUUACUCACAAUUGCUACCGCGGAAUUUUUGUGGUCCCAAUCUCAAUCCAAUUUUGAAGAGCCAAGAAUUCUUCUUAGGCUAAGGCAAGAAAAAGAAGAGAAACGGCAAGAUCUUCUCAUGAAGAAUACAAGUGUUAUCGCGUUUCUUAUUCUUUUGUACACCGUCACGGUUUUAUGCACCACGGUUUCCGUUGCAUUUAGACAUCAUGUUUUACCUUGUGAUGAUCGCAGAUCUCAUACACAAACAAUGAAAUCAUGUACCUACGACACGGACUGCAUUGAGAACGCAUAUUGUUUCAAUCGUGAAACAUGUCACUGUAAAAACGGUCACGUCAUCAAUCGUAACCACACUCACAUGCAAUGCUUAAAGAUCGCAUCAAACCUGGGAGACGCGUGCGAGGAGAACAUACAGUGUGAAAUGACAUUUACGAGCCAGGCCGAAUGUCGAAACAAUGUUUGUGCCUGUGUCGAUGGGUCACACUAUGAAGAGGAGCAGAGACGCUGCUACGAAUCUGUUGGAAUCGGAAAAAUGUGCAAGACAAGUUACAAUUGUUACGUAGAGGGCUCAGAGACAUUUUGCUUCAAUGGAUAUUGCAUUUGUCCUUUAUUACACCAUCCGAGUAGCGACGAAACUAAAUGUCUGAAAAGUACUGCCUUGGGAGAAAUGUGUUCGAUCGAUGAAGAAUGUAUAGCAGAAAAUUCACGGUGUAUCGGAUUAUGCAGUUGCAAAAUUGACUACGUUUUGUCUAAGGAUAAAAAAAAAUGUCUGAAAGCGGCUAAUGUUAUCGGAGAUCCUUGCGAGGAGGAUUUACAAUGUUCCGCAUUUUUGAAAAAUACAAAAUGCAAUGAAGAAAAUGUCUGCGCUUGCGUGCUUGAUUUUAAGCCACGUGAAUCUAUUUGUCUGAGGAAAAUUAAUCCAGCAAUGAUCGGUAAAGCAUGUUUCAGCAGAUCACAAUGUGUUCAUCCACCAGCGGAUUCUGAUCUUAAAGACACAGAGGUCGCUAAUGUCGAUUGUAUCGCAGGACUUUGUUCAUGCGCACAAGAUUACACUUUGACAGAAGACAAAACCGACUGUAUCAGAUUUAGCGAGAAUGGAACGGGAAAAAUAAAAUCUCAUUCAUUAUUAAUUUUAAUCACGAUAAAAAUACUACAAAUACUUUAA